AGAGAGAGAGAGGAGGAGAAGGUGCGCGCGCUGAGAUUGUCCUUGUGUCUAGAGCUGGAAAAGCGGCUUGGGUAGCGGAGCACUCUCCCUGCGAGUCGAGGUGAGAGAGCGCGUGCGAAGCUGUAGGAAGACGAGGGCAGCUGUCUCCACCCCAUCUCCUUAGUCGGAUUGACCGGCGAAGACGAAAAAAGCAGCUCUGUCACAUUUCAAGGAACGGAUAGACGGCUCAGCGAAAGAAAGGAGGUGUGCGUGCGUGUGUGGGGGUGCAAUUGUGCCCAUCUGAAAAAAAAAAAAGGACAGGGCUGGGAACGAAUUGAUGGGAAGAGAAAAGCGUGCCGACAGCAGUUCUUCGCCGCUGCACGCCCGCGCGAGCCUGGUUCUCGUGGUUACCCGCUGGAUAGGUUGAGGGAGACACUGCGGCGGCGGCGGCGGAGGAGGAGGCGGUUUUUGCUGAGGGAAGGACGAGCCCGGUGAGAAGAGGAAGAAGAGGAGGAAGCUGCGGUUGGUAGCAGCAGCAGCAGCAGCAGUAGCCGCGGGAUUCUCUGCUUCACGUCCAGCCAGCCGGAGGGAAACCUCCAGGAUGCGGCUGAAACCGAGCGUCGUCUUGCGCUUAUACAGCCUCUGCGGGAUCCUUAUACAAGUGGCUACUACAAAAAGCAAAGCUAGAGGCAGCCAAGGCCAGUUUCCACUCACACAGAAUGUUACAGUUAUUGAAGGUGAAACAGCAACAUUGACCUGUAGAGUUGAUCAAAAUGAUAACACCUCCCUCCAGUGGUCAAAUCCAGCUCAACAAACUUUGUACUUUGAUGACAAGAAAGCCUUGAGGGACAAUAGGAUUGAACUGCUUCGAGCUUCAUGGCAUGAAUUGACCAUUAGAGUCACUGAUGUUUCAUUGUCAGAUGAAGGGCAAUAUACCUGUUCUUUAUUUACUAUGCCUGUCAAGACAUCCAAGGCUUUUCUCACUGUUCUAGGUGUUCCAGAGACUCCUCAGAUUAGUGGAUUUAUUUCACCAAUUAUGGAAGGAGAUUGGAUGGAACUUACUUGCAAAACAUCUGGUAGUAAGCCAGCUGCAGAUAUUAGAUGGUUCAAAAAUGACAAAGAGGUGAAAGAUGUUAAAUAUUUAAAAGAAGAGGAUGCAAAUCGGAAAACAUUUACCGUUAGCAGCACAAUGAAUUACAGAGCAGAUCGUUCUGAUGAUGGUGCAGUUGUAAGCUGCAGAGUAGAUCAUGAAUCGUUGAAUUCCACACCUCAGAUAGCAAUGCAAGUCCUAGAAAUACACUAUAUUCCUUCCGUUAAAAUAAUAUCUUCUACACUGUGGCCAGAAGAAGGACUAUCUAUAACUUUGAUUUGUGAAUCCAAAGGAAAACCAUUACCAGAUCCAGUUUUAUGGACAAAGGAUGGUGGAGAAUUACCAGAUCCAGAAAGAAUGGUUGUCAAUGGUAGGGAGCUACACAUUAAUCCCCUAAAUAGAACGGACAAUGGUACUUACAGAUGUGAAGCAGAAAAUUCUAUUGGCCUAAACAGUGCAGAGUAUGUUCUUAUUAUACAUGAUGUUUCCAACAUUUUGCUUCCCACCACUGUCAUCCCCUCCCUUACCACUGCAACAGUCACAGCCACUGUAGCCUUAACAAGCAUAGGCACAGUCACAUCGUCAACAGCUAUCAACACCCGAGAUCCCAAUACUUUGGCUGGAAGAAAUGUACCAGAUCAUGCUGUUAUAGGAGGGAUAGUAGCUGUUGUUGUCUUUGUCACACUAUGCUCUAUAAUUCUUCUUGGUCGAUAUCUGGCAAGACAUAAAGGAACAUAUUUAACAAAUGAAGCUAAGGGAGCUGAAGAUGCACCUGAUGCGGACACAGCCAUUAUCAAUGCAGAAGGCAGCCAAGUUAAUGCAGAAGAGAAGAAAGAAUAUUUCAUAUAGAUGCAGACUUAGAUUCUUUGAACACCACUAUCCACAAGGCUGACUCUUGGAGAAAACUGGCUCUCAUCUUUCUGAAUUAAUUUAUCAUGUCUCCUUUCUAUCCUUGUUAAAGUGCAUAAUUGCUCUCAGUUGCCAGUUUGUACCAACAAUCAGCCAUGAACAUAUUUUUUUCUUUAAUUAUGAUACCAUUCAUAAUGCAGGACAUUUCUUAUUGCCUAAUCAUCAUAUACAUUGCUCUUUUAACAUACAGUGCUUGAAUAUACAGCCUUAACAAAUUUAAUCGUCAUCUCUUCACAUUUGGUUCUUCUACAUUUUAAAGAAAGUGUUCUUUUUCUUUUCUUUUAAUAUGGUCCUUACCUAUAUUGCAUCAGACCAUUUUCAUAGCAAAUGUUCUUAGGUGAGGACCUAAAUGUAAUUACAUAAACCAUUACAAGUAAAAUUAGAGGUUUACAAAGAAUGUUUUAUAUAUCGUCUGUAAUUCAAAAUCAGCCGAGCAUUGAAACAUUAUGCCCUAAGAAACACUAAUGAAAUCAUUCUACUGUAAUUUCUUGUGUGUUUGCAAAUGGCAGCAAAGGAGUAUGAACAGAACUUUUAUUUAAUGAAAUACUGGUAUUAAAAGCAACUUCUGUGUGGUAAUCAACACCAUACACUCCUGUCUACACAGAAUCCAAGGUGAUGGAUUAUGUAGCUCCAUUUUGAAAAUGGUUGUCCAACUCUUUUACUGCUCCUAGAAUCGUAAAGACUUCCAUAUAUAUUUCUAUAAUUUGUAUUCCUUUUAAUUUAUUUGCUUCAUGUGGGUCUAUCUGCCUACUCAAAUUGAACGUGUUCAUGGGGCAAAAUUGCAAGGCAUUUUAAUAUCUGUAUAUAGUGCAUAUAAUAAAUCCAAUUAAACAUUAUUUGAUACAUAUUUAACUUUUGGGGCUGUAGGUAAGUCAGUCACAAGUAAGCAUUUUCUAAUGUCCAUUAUAUCCCUUUAGAUAUAACUUAAAUUAAUAUUCUGAGUAGAUAACAUGUAUUAGUAUUUUUUGUCUGUAUGUCCUAGCACUGUUCAGCAACAAAUUUUUCUAGUUCCAGUUAAUUUCUCUUUGUUAUACAAUGGAAGCACAAUGUUAUAUGGAAAGGUAGUUUUAAGCUAACAACCAGUGCACAGCCUCAGGUUUUGUCUUACAACCACAUUAAUGAUUAAAUGCUAAGUUACUAAAAAAAAUCAAUACAUAAUUUGGCAGUUCCAGAGCUGCUUAUCAAUGUUGGAUUUGCCAAACCCCAAACAGAAAAUGUUACAACAACAACAACUCUCUAUGUUUUGUGUAUAUGGUAAAUGACUAAUCCUUUAUAUUAAAUUUCUGUCUAUGCAUUUUGUGAGGUACAAACUUAUGUCACUGCCAUGCUUUUAGCUCCACAGUAAAGACCUCUCUGAUAUUAUGUUAAGUGUGGGCCAAAGGACAUCUUAGAACAAUAAUAAUUUUUAAAAAGUCUAAUCCAACAUAAAAUGUUCUUCUUCCAGACCAAAAAAGGCAACCACAAACAAAAAUAAAAAUAAAUGAAAUAACCAGAUAAGCUCUUACUUUCUGGUUCCAUGUAAACAUAAUUGACUAAAAUAGUAGAAAUUUUUGUUUAUCUCCAAAGCACUGCACACUUUAAAAAUAAGACAAAGAGGAAUACAUUUCUAUAUAGAAACUAUUACUCGUGAAGUCUAAAAGCAUAAUGGCCUAUUGUAAAGAAUUAAUUCCUGGGUUUAUUUUUUGUGUGGGGAAUGGAAGGAGGGUGGGUAACAUUUGAAUAUGGAAUCAUGUGUCACAGUCAAUUGAAAUCAAAGGUAUUGUGUCAGAUUAUUUAUCCGAAGGCUAUACACCUUUUAAGGACAAUAGUAGUUUUUAAAUUGUUUUUGUUAGAAGAAAAAAAUUACUUUGUUAAUUUCAAUGAGAAAAAAAAGAGCGAGCGAGAGAGAGAGAGACCAUCAAUCAAGCAGCACUUUUUCAAAGUAUACAGAACAUAAAUAAUAUGAUGUGGUUGAGUGUUAACAUAAUAAAUCAUAUACAGUAUGAUAUUUUAAAGAAAUACGUCUGCAUUGAUGUGACUGCAUGCUUGUUUUUUACAGUUCAUUCAAAAAUCUGUGGAAAAAAUGCAAUAAUAUGAUAAUCUAGUAUGGUAAUUUGAAAGAAUCAGGUAGAAGUACUAGACACAUUGAAACUAGUAUAGGUUUAUAACAUAGUCAUGUUUUCAAAAACUGAUUUGUAGAACUAAGUUAAAGGCCAGCAAUGCACUUAAACGUGUUGAGGUGCCUUGCUGCAUUAGGAUUAUGUUUACUAAAAUUAUAUGCCUACUGGUGUUAUAUUUACACAUUCAUACAUUUUUAUCAAUUCUAUUAUGUUUAAAUUAUAUAGAAAUACUUUAUCUACUUAUUCAUCCCUAUGAAGUGAGAUUUCCAGAUAUCUUUAGGCAUCUUUCAAUGUAAGCAUUUCAAAAUGUUUAGUCACUGUAGGAUACAGAAAACAAUGGAAUUCUGCAACAGAGAUAGGGAUUAGACUGUUACGUUUUGCUUGUAGUAGACUAAAAAAAAAUCUUUCCUUGCACAUUGAGAUGUACAGCAGGCUAAAAGGCAAUGAGAAAGUCCAUCAGAAUGAAAAAUCACUGUCUAUCAUCACUUUCUAGCACUCAGUUAAAUCAGAUACUCUCAAUCUUUUAAUUGAGAGCAAAGGAAGCUUUUGAAACAGAAUAAAAAUAUACUUUAUUUAGAAUGAUACAUUCCAUAAAUGAGCAAACUUUAAUAUAAUGAUUUUGGCCCUUAAUCUUUCUCCACUUUUCUCUGUUUUGAUGUAUUCAGUCCUGUUUAGAUAAAAUAGCAAUAUUAUAUCAGAUUAUUUUAAAAAACAAUGCUGACACUUUUUCAUACCUUUGUUUGAUUUUACAGCAUGAAACCCAACUGAGUUUACUUAUCCCAUGUAAAAGCUCUUAUAUUUGGAGCUAUAAUUCUAGCAAUGCUGCCUGAUUUUUAUCAAUGUCCUUCAAUUGUGUUGAUUUUGCACUAGCACUUGAGCAGAUCCCAAAUAAUUCUGCUUCCUAUUUCAGUGCCUUUUCAACCAGUACAGAUCAGAAAAACAUGGGAAAAGCCAGAUAGCGAAAGGAGGUGGCCAAGAUAUUUUCUCUUAGGUUUGCUCUUAGGUACUUAAGGUACUAAAGCUUCAAUAUAAAGCUUUGUUUCCUGAACCAAUUCCCUGAUUGCUGCAUAGCAGAGCCAUGUUGUCAGGAUGAUGGAAGCUGUAGGCCAAUGUAUCUGGAAAACUCUACCUGGAUAAGGCUCACAUAAGCUGUCAGGACAUGGAAGAUGACCCAUUCCAAACUGAAUGUUCAGUAUAAUAGGAUGAAUAAGAGGGCCAUAUAUAUUUACAAGCUUUACCCAUCCAGGGAAAAUACAUGUAUUCAACAUCUUGUAUAAUUUAUAGGAAUAAUAACAAAACGUGAUUAUACCAAUCUAGAUCCACUUUGGGAACUCCAAGUUUAGAUUAAUAUAUUAGAAUAAAAUGCCAAAAUUUUAUGACAAUUUAAUUGCCUGCUUUAUCACAGAAGGCAGGUAUAAAUAAUCAUGAUUUGAAGACAGCAACUAAUAAAAUUUGAACCAAGACAGUUGUCACUGAGAAUAUAUUUUUGUCAUCAAUCCAGCACAUCAAGUUGCUACUGAUUACUAUUGUUCCCUUCUGCAAUCAUUAUAAUUCUUUAUUUUUUUAAUAAAAGGAGAAGAUGGCAUCUCAGAAUAUAUGGGUCCGUUAUCUUUCAUUCUGGAAUGCCAUUUGCAAAUCUAAUUGCUGCUAGAGCCAUCCCUAACCCUAAACAUUUACCUGUUUUUCACAGGUAUGGAAGGCAAACCAUCUUACACUGGAAUUUCCUGCUAUUAAAAUCAAAUGCAGAAAAAUCAUAUUUCCAAUUAUUCCAGUGAAUUGGACAUCUUGAGUUAAUUAUUUCCAAUGUAGGCUACCUAUUUAUGAUAAAUCUCUCAAUGAAAAGAAACAAUAUGUUUUAUUGUAAAAGCAUUGCUUACUGUGUAUUCAUACAUACAUUAAGCAUUUUGAUCAUCACAUAUGUUACAUGUGCUUCCAUGUAACAGUGCAGUUACUGUGUAAUUUAGUGCCACUUAUUAUAAAGUGUUACCGAGAGGAAUAUAAAACUCUUAUAUUUAUUACUCCAUUGAAUAGUGACAAGUCUAAUCAAUUGAAAACAAAACAUGCAAUUACAAAGAAUUGUCAUGGUCAUACUAGUUUUCUUAAAUUCUUAAAUCUUAUCUUCUUAAUCAUUAGAGAUAAUGAUUUACAAUAAAUGUGAACACUUAUAUAAUAAAUUAGCUACUAAGAAAUUAUGUCACUAAACGGGAAAUAGAAAUUAUCCAAAUAAUGCUUUGAGUUAAGUGGCACAAAGUACAUAUUAAAAACUAUGCAAAAAUAUAGGCAACUACAGUGUACUUACAUGUAAGUAUCUUUUGCUUUCUCUGUAUGGAUAUUGGAAACCCAUGUACUUAUAAUAUGAAUUUUGAUUAUUUUAUAAGGUAGGAGAUAAAAACUUGCAGUUACAAUCAUGAAUUAUUACCAUACAUGAAAAACUGUCAUCUUUAAAUAUGUAUAUUUUCCCAAAUCUUUAAUUUACUGUGAGUUAUUUUUAAAAACUAACCAUUAAUCCAUUUGGUCUAUUUUCUUAUUUGGGUGUCAUUGGGUUCCUUUCAAAUACCUUUUGAGCAAAGACCUCUAUCUGCUAAUACUUUUGCUGCCAGAAAGGUCUCAGAACUGCGUAGAAAUCUAUAUCUAACCCAACCUUGGCAGUUUGUUCUUUUUGUCUUCCUUGAGGGAACCUUGCAUGCCAAGAUGCUGAAAAGUUGCCAUUUGCUCUAGUAUUUUUAGUGUGAGCAGUGGAAAGACAGCCAAAGAAAUAAGUUCCUUAUCCUGACCCUUAUUUCAUCGAAGUAUCUCAUCUGGAAUUUCUGCUGUUUAUUUUCCAAUACCCAAUUGAUGAUUUUACACAGUGAAUACAAAAUGCUUCCAUCAAACAGCAGAAAAUGCCUUUUCCCAUAAAGUUAUUGUUUUUCCCCCAAAAUGUAAAUUUAUUUAAUAUUUAUCCUUUUAAUUUCAUCACUUUCCCCUAACAUGAGCUUCCAAAAGCAUUGAAAGUAGUGAAAUAACAAAAAACAAUCAUAGAGAUAAAUAUUGUUAAAUUGAACUUCGCAAAGCUUCCAAAGUUUGGCCAUAGCUGUCCUUCUCUGAAGCACUAUCAUUACUCCCAAAGCUCUGAAUCACUUAAUCUACUUUCAGUUGGUCAGUUUUAAAAUAAUAAUGAUGAUGAUGUUUUUAAUUUGUUUCUUAACUUCUAUUGGCAUCUUGAGAUUCUUUAAUCAUCUGGAGAUUUUGAUUUUGUAGACAUCAGGCUGCAGUAAGUGUGUAUGUAUCUGCUAUGCUUCUACUACAUAAUGACUAUGAUUGGGCUAUAGUUUGUAUAAUGGAGAUUUCUGACUGACAUGCAAAGGAUCCCAUAUUGGGUUAUACAGGUAUUAUAAUCUUGGCAUGACUCAUUUGAUGGCACUGAUGAACUUUGGGUCUCCAGCUUGCUCAAGAGGAUUGCAUUGAAUCUCCUCACUUUUCACAAUUGACACAACUGAGAUAAUGCAUUGUGCCAUUGUUUUAAACAAAAUAUUAAUGUUAUAUUUAUUAAAAUAACCUUUAUACAUAUAUUUCAUUAUAUAAUUUAUUUGAUUGCAAUUAUUUUACUUUCAUAUAAGAGCUGCUCAGAUAACAGCAUUAUGAAGCAUCCCAAAUUAUGAAUAAGCUGCUUUAAGGGUCAACACCGAAAGCUUAGGCUGCUAGCUGUUAGUUUCUUCAUUCUGAUAAUUACCUAAUAAUGGUAAUGGAAGAUAUUUCCAACAAAGAUUAUUCUAAAUAAAGAGCAUUUUUAUUUUAUUUUCAGGUUAAUGGGAUAUUUUCUGCUCUAAGGAAUUCUAGAUGGACAAGCAAUUGCCACACUGCCUUGCAGCUGUCUGAAAAAUUAGGAAAAAAUAAAAAAUAAUCUCAUCUAGCAAAUCACCAUCUUUUGGUCAAUUCUAAAGCAGAUACCACAAGCUGCCAUUCCCUAAAUAUGACUACACCUUUGUAAAAAUUAAAUGCUAAAACUGAAUGGUUUCAAAUAUCUCAAGUACCAUUAAAGUACAAUUGCCUUUACAAUAAAUUUCACUUAAGGAACCAGUUAAGCAAAAUGUAUAGCUUUUCUGUCCCUUAGAAUGUUUACAACCCAUCUCCAUGUAUGCAAACUACAGUCUUCUAUAGUUACAUACACUCAAUUCAUUGCUAAGUCAGACUAAGCCUUGUUUGACUGUCUUCAUUAUACAUGUACCAAGUAUUGCAUGAAAGUAGAUAGUAUAGAUAUAUCCCAGACUAAGAAUACAUUAUUAAAGCCACAGGUUCAGUUUCUGCUGCAGAUAUCAUGUAAAUCUUCCUAAUGGCCAAUUUUAUCUUAUUUAUUAUCCUAUAGGAAAGAGGUAAUUAGCAGCUGGAUGCACAAAUGCUUGGGCAAGCUAAGUGGAAAAGAGAAAGCUGAAAGGACAUCAAAAUGUUAAGUAUGCUCAGUAUGAAGUACAUAUCAAUUAUUCUCAAGAAAUUUGCAGUCCAAUCUGCAUUUGAACAUGCAAACCCAUUUACAAGUAAUCAAUUUUUGUGCACCAAUUCAUUGCUACAGUGUGCUUCAUUUUGUACAGCAUUUUCAGGAGUCUGAAAUGCAUAGAAAUAUUUUAGAAUAGGUAGGAAUGAUAAUUCAUAGUCAUCUGGAAUAAAAACAGGGUAGCAAAGAAACUCCAGAGAAAUAAAGUAGUUUUCCAUACCUUAGAAUAGAUAAAAUCUGUAGUUAUAAUUAUUCAGUUGUUUACUUUAAAAGUAUCCCAUAAUUAUUGGUACCGAUGCUACAAUAGUCACUUGUCAAAACUAUUUCUGUCUCAAAGCUCUGAUAGGUAACAAAUUGUUACAUAUGCAUUUUGAGCAUUAUUCCAGUUUUGUAAAAUGAUAUGUGAAAAUACACAGAACACAGCAAGAAAGACAGAUUUUCUAAUCCAAUGUGCAGUGAUUUAUACAAUAAACAUAUCUCCAUGUAAUUUUCCCGCAAAGUAUGCUCAAGAACCUGCACAAAAGAAGAGACAUUCCUUAUUGAUAUCACUGGUAGUUCUGGCCCCAAUCCUUUAAGUUAGCUGUAGCCAACCUGACAACUUCCAGUUGAAUUUAUAAUAACACAGCUACAGAAACUUUUCAGAUAAAUUUUAUUUUUACCUUUCUUUUUUAAAAAAGAAAUGUAGACAAACUGCAUUUUCAUAUGGAUCCAGAAAUAUUUUUUUUCCCCAAAAGAUUUUAUUUUAGCACAAGGUUCACAAUCACUGUACUAAUCACAAAUGCACUAUACAUUAAUAUUUCUUUAUAGUUUUUCAAAUUGAAAAGAUUUAAUUAAAAAUAUUUAUAAAAGAAUGAUUCAGUGAUAAGUGACAGAUGUUAUUUUUAUUCUAGAAACAGAUAAUCAAAUUAUACACUUUCUGUAGGCAUCUAAUUAAUUUAGCAAUAAUAUGUAUAUAGUUUAAUUAUAUUUUAUAUAUUUUCUGCAUUUCCAUUCUAUAAAGUGCAUGCAUACAUAUGCGGACAUGCCAAAGGACUGCUUUCUUUUGAAACAAUUUGUACAAAUUCAGCAGAUCCUCAUUUUCUAUAACCAGCCUUACAAUUUUAUAGGUGAGAAAAAGAAAGCAGCACUAUUUUAAAAAAAAAAACUAUAUAUGCAUAUAUAGUUUCCCAGCAUUUUAAUUCAAAAUGCACUUUAUAGUUUCACCAAAAAUUGGGAUGUUCAAAGUCUUUUACAAUUGUCUCUUCCUUCUUUCAAUAUCUCCUUCUUUAAAAAAAAAAAAACAAAUCUGGAAAAAGUAAAUUGGGUGAUGUUCAUGAAAAAAUUACCAAUUUCCAACUCUCCCACUAAAGUAGGUCCACAAAGGCCAAGUUAUAAAGUAUUCCCCAUUUCAUUUUAGGCUUGCAACUUUGGGGAAUCCACUUAUAAGUUUCAAUUGUUAUAACACAUAAAAUAUUUUCUAUCCUAUCUGAUCCUAGACCAAUGGGACUGGUAAACUCUUUACCCAGGUUGGUAGCUAACUGAAAAGUGACUAUAGUGGCCUAAGAACUACAGUGUAACUGACAUGCAAUUUCAGCUAUGUUUUGGACACUAUAUCACUUAAUUCCACAAAGAGGAAUUAAGAAUGCAGCACUGACAAUGGAAGCACAGUUUCUCAUUAUUUCAUAAUUUUUACUGAACAAAAUGCAUAUUGUAAUGUUAGGUACAUGACACUUGCAUGUUGCUAUGCCUAUAUACUUUCAGAGUGUUCAGUGUGUACUUUGUGGCGCUUAAAAUGUCAUGUACAAUUUUUAUCAACAUUAUACAGGGUUCCCAUUUGCACUUCAUCUUUCAGUAAAGUCUUGUCAGAGAAAUGUCUGAAUAUUAUUAAAAUGAAUAAAAUUUCAAUUUUAGUUA